AUGAGCCAAUGGUUGCUCAUCUUUGCCAUCGUAUUCAUCAAUGUCAGAGAUAUAUCUGGCAGCUGGGAAGAAUGGUGGACAUACGAUGGCAUAUCAGGUCCAGGUUUUUGGGGUCUGAUUAAUCCCCAAUGGAGCAUGUGCAAUAAGGGAAGACGGCAGAGUCCCAUCAACAUAGAACCAGACAAAUUGCUUUUCGAUCCUUGGUUAAGAGAUGUACAGUUUGACAAACAUAAAGUAAGCGGUGUCCUACAAAACACAGGGCAAUCUCUUGUAUUUCGGGUGGAGAAGGACUCCAAACACCAGGUCAAUAUAAGCGGAGGUCCCCUCUCUUAUCGAUAUCAGUUCGAGGAGAUAUACUUCCACUAUGGACUGGAGGAUAAUAGGGGAUCUGAACACCAGAUUGACCAUCACACAUUUCCUGGGGAGAUUCAAUUGUAUGGGUUCAAUAAAGAACUGUAUCAUAAUAUGUCUGAAGCUCAACACAAGUCACAAGGAGUUGUAGGAAUUUCAUUAAUGGUUCAGAUUGGGGAGCCAACUAAUAAGGAAUUAAGGCUUAUUACAAGUGCUUUUAAUAAAGUUAUGUUUAGAGGUAGUUCAUAUCCAAUAAAGCAUUUACCUCUCAGUUCACUAUUGCCAAAUACACAGCAAUAUCUCACAUACGAAGGGUCCACCACACAUCCUGGAUGCUGGGAGACAGCUGUGUGGAUUAUAUUCAAUAAACCAAUUUAUAUAUCAAAGCAAGAGAUGUACGCAAUACGUCGUCUGAUGCAAGGAUCCCAGUUGACUCCUAAAGCGCCACUUGGAAACAACGCACGCCCCGUUCAACCCCUGCACCAUAGGACUGUCAGAACGAACAUCAACUUCAACAAGCAGGGACUACCGACUUCAAGCAACUGCCCAGAUAUGUACCGGAAUAUGCACUAUACAGCAACACAAUGGCCACGCGAACACAACAUGCGCUACAGAAGCACCGAAGACUUAGCAAUGCUGUCCCCCAAUUAA